UUGACACUUUUCUGUUUUCUUGUACAUGUCUGACGUGGAAAUUGCAGCAAAAGUUGUGGCUCGGGUGGUUUUCUGCGUUCAAGACUCCUGAUUUAUGCCAUACAGACUGCUUUUUUGAUCAAAAUACAAUUCAGUUGUCCAAGUACAGUGUAGGUGACGGAUAUAUGGUUUUCAGGAGAGUGCACACAAAGAGAAAUUCAACUGUUCGCUCCUUCGCAAAUUCCAGUACCACUGUCUGCUUUGAUUUAAGAGGUUCCAAGUCAUCAAUGUGUACGCAGUGACCGAGAAAUAGUGUAUGAGAAUUAUACGGUUAAGCUUGUUUCAAAUAGUCUAACGCUGAUCAGGCUGUAGCUGAUAAUGAAUCCACAAAUGAAUUCAUAUGCUCAGCCACCACAGGGAUGGGCACAGCAAGGCGUAGUUCAGGGUCCUCCGCCUAUCAAUGGAACUCCACAAGGCCUCCCAAAUCAGUUUCAAAACAUGUCUAUUGGUGGUCCACCGAAAGCAAACUCUAAUGGACCUCCAUUUCCCAAUCAACCGAUGGUUGGUCGCCCUCCUUCGGCCCAAGGUCCGGUAUCAGGAGGAUUUCCUCCAAUGCCUCAGGUACAAACAACUGUGCAUAAUGGUCCUACAACUGAGGCGGUAAGACCCCCUUUGCCCAGUUAUGGUAUCCAAAAUGGCCAUCAACAGCCCAUGGGCGCAACGCCUGCUCCGCCAGCAUUAUCUGGACCACCCGCUGCAACAUCAUCCCAAUUCCCCCCUGUUACGGUUGGUCCACCAAGACCUGGCCAGCCGAUGCCAACGCUGGGACAACAAAUGCCACCUAUGCCUGGAACUCAAAUGGGAUUUCCCAAUCAAUCUGCUCAACCUUUCCAACAACAACCACAACAACAACAACCACAACAACAACAACCACAACAACAACAACCACAACAACAACAACAACCGCAGCCGCAGCAAUAUCCACCACAUCUUCAACAGCAGUUUACGCAACACACAGCACCGCAACAGCUAUAUCCAGGCCAACCGAGAGCUCCACAAUCUGGUGGAAUGCCGCCCAUGCCACCAGCUGGUAUUCCAAAUCAAUAUCAACCCAGCCAAGGGGCGGGUAUGCCACCCGCAAUGAAUCCUGGAAUGCCUCCUAUGCCGAAUAAUGCACCCAGUGGAGCUCCAGGCUAUCCGCCACAGUCGGCACAAAUGCCCCCUAUGCCAGGUGCUCCACACAUGCUGCCGCCUCAUCAGCGCGGAUAUAACCAACAACAGCAACAGCAGCAAUCUGUCCCUGCAGGGUACAACCAAAUGCCGGGACAACAAUUUCAACAAGGCCCUGGCGCGCCCCAGUUUCCCGGUGCCGGUGGCAUGUCUCCGCCACCCCAGCAGAAGCGUCUUGAUCCGGACAGCAUGCCGAAUCCUAUUCAGGUUAUUAGCGAAAAUCAACAUUUUUGUGGCGGUGUAUUCACAACAAACCAGGCUGGUUUGGUUCCCCCAUUGGUAACCACGAAGUUCGUUACUCAGGAUCAGGGAAAUUCCGGUCCUAGAUUUAUCCGUUCAUCCAUGUACAACGUUCCGACGACCACGGAUAUGAUGAAGCUGAGUGCAGUCCCCUUUUCACUGAUUAUAUCUCCAUUAGCAUGUAAUGCAGAAAAUGAGCAUGCACCUCCAAUUGUUAACUUUGGUGAGCUGGGACCAAUUCGAUGCAUUCGCUGCAAGGCAUACAUGUGUCCCUUUAUGCAGUUCAUUGACGGUGGUCGUCGCUUCCAAUGCCUGUUCUGUAAGGCUACCACCGAUGUUCCGGCAGAAUAUUUUCAACAUUUAGAUCACACCGGGCAGCGAAUGGAUAAAUUUGAACGCCCCGAACUGGUUUUGGGCACCUAUGAGUUUGUCGCCACGAAAGACUAUUGCCGUAAUAACACACCACCCAAACCUCCUGCAAUGGUAUUUGUAAUUGACGUUUCCUACAAUAACGUUAAGUCAGGAUUGGUACAUUUACUCUGUUCGGAAAUGAAAAACAUUAUCCGUAAUUUACCGGUAGAUCAAGGCCAGGAACGUACAGCUAUGAAAGUGGGCUUCAUAACCUAUAAUAACUCGGUUCAUUUCUACAACGUUAAAAGCAGUCUAGCUCAACCGCAAAUGAUGGUCGUGGGUGAUGUUCAAGAAAUGUUUAUGCCUCUGUUGGAUGGAUUCCUUGUUGAUCCAGAGGAAUCCAGUGCCGUGAUCGAUGCCCUCAUGGAACAGAUUCCGAAAAUGUUCGGGGAUACACGGGAAACCGAAACAAUCCUACUGCCAGCCAUUCAAGCUGGUCUGGAAGCAUUGAAAGCAUCAGAGUGUGCAGGAAAACUGUACGUGUUCCACUCUUCGCUACCAACAUUCGAAGCGCCGGGUAAGCUCAAGUCACGCGAUGAGCGCAAGUUGCUGGGAACUGAUAAAGAAAAAACAGUUUUGACUCCACAGUCUAAUGUUUACAACAUGUUGGGCCAAGAGUGUGUUGGGGCAGGUGUAUCAGUCGAUUUGUUUGUCUUUAACAAUGCGUAUGUUGACUUGGCUACAAUAGGACAAGUAUCACGUUUAACCGGAGGGGAAAUCUACAAGUACACUUACUUUCAGGCUGAUAUAGACGGACAACGGUUGGUUAACGAUGUGAUCAAAAACAUCUCCAGACCAAUCGCUUUCGAUACGGUGAUGCGUGUUCGCACGUCUACAGGUGUCAGACCGACCGAUUUCUUUGGUCACUUUUUCAUGUCUAACACUACCGAUAUGGAGAUCGCAAGUAUUGAUAGUAGCAAAUCGGUAGCCGUUGAGAUUAAGCAUGACGACAAGCUGACCGACGAGAAUGUGUUCAUUCAGGUGGCGCUACUAUACACGUCCUGCGGCGGGCAGCGUCGUUUGCGCAUACUCAAUCUUAGCCUAAAGACUUGCACUCAACUGGCUGACCUGUUCCGCUGUUGUGAUCUAGAUACAACGAUUCUAUUCUUCGCGAAGCAGGGUUUGUUCAAACUGCUGGAGAAUAAUCCGAAGGCCAUCAAGGAUUCCCUUGUUACCCGGGCCGCGCAGAUAUUGGCUUGCUACAGAAAGAAUUGCGCAUCGCCCACCUCGGCCGGGCAGUUGAUACUCCCAGAGUGUAUGAAAUUGUUGCCAUUGUACAUUUCGUGUUUGCUGAAAAAUGACGCCUUUUCGGGUGGUUCUGACAUAACCCUAGAUGACAGAUCUUAUGUAAUUUACUAUGUCAUGUGCAUGGAUUUACCGACAUCGGUCCAAUACUUCUAUCCUCGGUUGAUUCCGAUUCACGAUGUCAACGUUGAAGGAACUAAUGUUCCGGCCUCAAUCAGAUGCACAGCGGACAAAAUGAUGGAGGAUGGUGCUUAUAUCUUGGAGAAUGGUAUUCACAUGUUCUUGUGGCUCGGUCUGGGACUAUCGACGGAAUUCACACAGUCAGUUUUUGGAACGCAGUGUACGCAACAAAUUGAUACCGAUCGUACGGGUUUACCAGUAUUUGAUAAUACACUUUCCAAGCGUGUGAGAGGAAUUGUAGACAGUAUACAGAGUGAGAAACAUCGAUACAUGAGGCUCACACUGGUGAAGCAACGUGACAAGUUGGAGAACGUAUUGCGCCAUUUCCUGGUCGAGGAUCGUGGAAUGACCGAUGGCUCUGCCAGCUAUGUGGACUUCCUCUGUCACAUGCACAAAGAAAUCCGAACUAUUUUGAGCUAGCUGGAUUGCAACGGGAACAGAUUUAGCAACCGAUUCAAAUUCACUUAUAGUAACAACAACACCGCCGCAUCCAAUGAGCAUAUACACAACAAUAGUAACAAUAUUACGACAUCAAUGGUUAACAAUGAUAACCCGAAAUGUCAGCGAAUGGUUGAUGGCAGUGAGGUAAACGGCAAUGAUAGAACGAUAUUCUAUGGUCACUAUAUCCAACGCCCGCCGAGUGACGAUGGGGAUGAGGAUGAGAAUGAUACCAUCGAGGAAGAGGAUGAGGGCGAUGAAGAAGGAUCACAACAAGAGGAACAAUCCCACGACUGUUAUCAUCAUCACUGUAAAUCAGCCUCGCCUGGCCGAAGCAUCUCGCAGAACCGUACCAGAGCGUUGCGAUAUCGUAAAGCAUUCAUGGGAAAGUGGUAAUAGUUAUCAUUGUCUCUUAUGAUUCAUUAAAAUUUUUUAUUACUUCACAAUUAUUUUCCCAAUUUAGAAAUAUAUGUAUUAAACAAGGACAUGUGCGAAAAUAGUAAAACAUAACAUAUUUGUACUAGCGGGAUGUUUUACUUAGAUGUUUGUUAUUGAACGUGAAGUUGAAUCAAUUAUCUUACCUUAGCAUAUACAUACUUACUUGUUUAACAGGUAAUUAAUAACAGAAAAAAAUGUAAUACACGAUUCUAACUAUACACAGAAAAUGUUUAAUUUCCACAUAUGCAUAUGGGUUUAGGAUUGAAAUGUGAGAAAAAAGAACGAACUAUGGAGAGAAAUAAUUGAUUUAUCUGCAUUAAAUAAGUAAAAAUAUAUCCUCAAUCAGAUUGAAUAUGAAAUUAGCAAAAAUAUACAAAAUUAUUAUCAUUA